AUGGGUGAGUCUGGUGCAUGUGGUCCCCAAAAAUGGGGGACCAUCGUCAUUAGAAACGAGAAGAAUGAGCUAAUCCCUACAAGGACAGUUACAGCUCAGCUUCAAGCUCGUGCUCUGGCCUCUCAACAGUCAUCACAAACUGAACCUGAACCUAAAGUCACUUCCUCAUCCCCUGCACAACAAAAUCCACCUCCUCAAACACCACCACCUGCACAACCUAAUCCACCUCCUAAACAACCAAUACCCUCACGAUCUGAAGCUCAACCAAAUCCUCAACCCAAACAAACAACACCAUCUCCCUCUAAUAUUCCCCCACCACAAACCUCUGUUGCCGUCAUCACUCCUAUUCUAAAUCCAGAUGACACCAACCAAACUCCACCAUCCUCCCAAGCCUCUAACUAUGAACCAGAAACUGCCUUCCCCACCUUAGAAGAAGCAAUAACUGUUUUUGCAGAGUCUUCAGUGGAGAAAAUCAAAGAUGCUGGUAUAAGGCUCCAAGCUCGCUUGUCUAGAGAGGUCGGGGAAAAGGCCAGGAAGGAAGUAGAAGAGAAAGCUCGCCUGGAAGAAGAGCAGAGGAUCAGAGAAGCUGAAGAAAAGGUUGUUGUUGAAGCUGUUGCUGCUACGGCUACUGUUGAGGCUGAGGCAAAACCAAAAGCCGACGCUGAAGAAGCAACACGUAUUACUGCAGAGGAAGCUACCAAGGCCAGGGUUGAUGCUUUGACUCAGAGGGAGCAAUCUACCUCUGGUUUUUCCUCUUUGGUCUUGAAGACUCUGGAGGAAUUGCAAAAGGAAUAA